AUGGACACUGAAAUUGAUCAGGUUAAGUACUACACUGACAGCAAGGUCGUGCUCGGCUACAUAUGCAACAGUGUAAGAAGGUUCUACGUGUAUGUGGCUAACAGGGUAGAACGAAUAAGAAGAAUCAGUAGACCUAAACAAUGGAACUAUGUCCCUACUGGUUUGAAUCCCGCAGACAUCGCCACAAGGUCAGUGCCAGCAGUUGUCCUCACGCAAACCAUUUGGUUUGCAGGACCCAAGUUUUUAACAGAUCAAUCCUCUAUAGACUCCGAAGAAGACAUUGAUUUCCACCUGGUGGAUCCAGAUACUGAUCCAGAAAUCCAACCAGAGGUUGAACCAUUGAGUUCCAACAUCUGCUCAAGAAGAAACUUGGAGAUCUCUAUAGAUGAUGACCCCUUGACAUUUCUGGUUUUGUUUGAGCAGCUUACAGACUGGUUAUGGGUAUUGGAGAAGAUCAAGUUCCCCAGGGAGAUAAACCCACUGGUUAUAGGGAGAGAGAGGAAAGUUCAGUUUGGUUUCUUGCUCCUGAUUUCAGUGAUGGCGGCUGCUGAUCUGAGAGACGAGCUGAGCUGCUCCAUCUGCACGAGCAUUUAUACUGAUCCGGUAUCCCUGCCCUGUGGCCAUAACUUCUGCCAGGGCUGUGUUGGGAAAACAUGGGACUGGCAGGAGGGGAUAGAGGAAGAUCCUUCUUGCCCUGAAUGUAGACAGAGAUUUAAAAGGAGACCUAAACUCACAACAGACUGGAAGCUGCGUGGCAUGGUGGAGCGGUUCUGUCCGACUGAGACAGAGCCGGGGGAGACUGGGAUUCCCUGCUCCUACUGUCUCCUCUCUCCUGUACCUGCUGCUAAAUCCUGUCUCCUGUGUGAGGCUUCUCUGUGUGAUACCCACCUGAGGGGGCACUGCCAGUCAGCAGAACAUGUACUCACUAAGCCCACUGAUUCCAUUAUGGGGAGAAAAUGUUCUGUACAUCACAAGGUUCUGGAGUAUCACUGCUGUGAGGACUCUGCCUGUAUCUGUGUGUCCUGCUGCCUGGCCGGGGAGCACCGGGGCCACAGGGUGGAGCUGCUGAGUGAGGCCUCUGAGAAGAAGAAAGAGAAACUGAGGAAAGUUCUGGAGAAACUGAGCCCAGAGAGAGAGGAGACUGAGAGAGGAGCCCAGAGGCUGCAGGAGCGCAGGAGAGAAGUGGCAGAAGUGGCAGCCGGUGAGACAGAGAGAGUCACUGCCCUGUUUAGGGGCAUCAGGGAAGAGCUGGAAGCCCUAGAGAAGCGACUCCUGAGUGACAUCUCCAGGCAGAAAGAGAAGCUUUGCCUCCAACUGACUGAGCUGAUCCAACAGCUGGAAAUAAAGAAGGACGAGCUGUCCAGGGAGAUCCGUCACAUUGAGGAGUUGUGCAACAUGGCAGAUCCACUCACUGUCCUACGGGAACAAUGGGAAUCCCAUGGAGCUGCCUUUUGUGGGGCUGAGGGGGCA